AUGCUGCAGGUGGGUAAAGCGUUCCGGGCCUUGUGUGUCAACGGCAUUCGCGCAGCGCCCGUCUGGGACUCUCUCACCCAGACCUUCACCUGCGUCCUAACUAUCAACGAUUUCCUGCAAAUGCUGAGCCUUUGUUGGAAGUCAGCCAACGACCCUGGCACACCCACCUUGAAGGUGGGCGACUGCGAGUCCAUGCCCAUACGUCGGUGGAAGGGUAAGUCUGUCGGACGCCUAUCUUACCAACAAUAGAUUUGUGCUGAGUUCGAAUCUUCCCAGACGUCAGUCCCCAGCAAUGAGCCCGCUGAAAUUAAAUCUGACUCUUCCCAAGUUAGUGAGGGUAUGAUACGUGCGUCCAGCGUGGGCUCAGUGCAUCGUUCAUCUUCAUUAUCUUCUUCCUCCUCCUGUUCCACCUUCUCCUGCCCGAGCGCAGACGGUGCUGUGGUCGACAAUAGUUCCGCGCCCUCCGUUCCCUCACAACACGGCUACUGCUGUGGCCGUGGCUUUCGCAUGGGCGGACUUACAGUCAUUGACCCCACCGAUACCCUCUUCACGGCUCUUGGCAUAUUGGCU